AAUUUGCAAUCUUAAGUAUUGUCAAACGUGAGUAGUAAAAAAAAGUAAACGUAAACAAUUCGUCUAUCAAAUUGUUUUUCAUAAAAUAAAUAGCAGCAAUAUCGAAUAUUGUUUUAUAUAAAUUAAUGUCUCGAAUUUGGUAUUUGUAAAGUAAUUUGCAGAGCAUGUCUCUGCGGUACGUUUGUGUGGAGGUGCGCCAUAACCUCCGUUGUGCCAAUGUAUUCCUCCAGUUUGACCACAGUCUCACUGAAACGGAAUUCUUAAAAAUUGUUGUAGAAAACGAUGCACUGACCUUUCGAGAAUACUCAACAGCGACCCGCGCGGCGCUCGGUAAAUUUUUUACCGCGGAAGCACGUACUAUAAGUAACUUGACUGUAGAAGAGUGCAAUGCCAGUUUUCGUUUAACUAUAACCAAUGAACCUGCCCAAGUUACUACUGAUAAUACAGAAAAUGAAAAAGAUAAUAAAAGAAAAAUCUAUAUAACUCCAAAGCCAAAUAUCGAAGAAGGCAGCCAGCACAUAGUUUUGUGCAAGAAUUGUAAAUGUGAACUGAGUACUACACUUCAAUGCCAAAGAGUUCGAGAAUUUCCCUCUGGAUCUAUAGACCUAAACGAAUUUUUUUGUCAUCAUGGACCGAAAUUCGAUGAAGUUUUGGUGCCACAAUUAACUGACUUCUUUUAUGGCUUUCAAUUUGUUGUACUUAAUUCGGAGUUGGCACAACAACAGGUCAAAAUGAAGGAUAAACAUGUUUACUGUCGGCGAUGUUUGCAGUACCUGGGUGAAAAUAUACUCAACGAUAAUGCAAUGAAAUUAUGGAUGGACACAUUGCUUUUAAAGUGUCAGCCUAACGAUAAGGAUGAUACAAUAAUAAAUGUUGUUAACGAGAAAGUCACACCAACAUGUCAGCUUUUACACAAAAUUAUUGACGAUACUCUAGUUACAGAUGUUGCUGGGGAACCAUUGCUUCAACAGAUGCACUUUUGUAAAGUUUUGCUGGAAGCCACCUUUCCGUGCCGAAAACGCAAAUAUCUGCUAUUGCAAGUACUGGAAAAGCAAUUACAGGUGCUACGUAACACAAAACCAUUGGCUCAUGGCAGCCAUAAUAAUAAUAAUGUGCUGCAAGUGCAACUUGAGCAAUGCAAAAGUUUUAAAUUACUGUACAGACUGUUGGAUGAAACAGAAGAUGAAGGUGGAGGUGAUGACAAAAGAGGAGAAAAAGAUAGUGGUGAGACUAGCAGUGCCAGUAGUACUAGCAGCGAUAGCAUGCUCCUGAAAAAUUGGAAAGAGGAUAUGUCUAUACAUGUACUAAAGGUAUCACCUACACUCUUUGGCACAUUACUGGACGAGUUGGAUGAAAAUGCUUUAUUGCUUCCUGAAUUGUACCGCUAUACGCACGACCAUUUUCAAUUGAGUUAUAUAUUCUAUGAAGAUUAGAAAAUUAAACUUAAGUUUUGACAUUAAA